UGCACACAAUAGACGAAACGUCAGUAAGCUUGCGCGGAGUGCGUGAUUGCGUAACUUACGCACUACGUGUCACGCGUCAUCACGUCAUCGUCUGUUUUGGCGCGUGGCGAAGAUUUUUGAAAAGACAGGAAAGACGUGAUGUAUUUCAGGUCUUAUAUGGGAUUCGAGUGAGGAGCACCGAGCCCGUCUGUCCAGAGAGUCGAAAUGGUCAGCACUCCGCUGCCAGUGCCCGCGCACUUUUCCCAUGCCCAGCAGUCAUUCUCUCUGAAAAAGCGCCGUCUUCCCUUCUCCUCUUCUGCCUCGUCGGGCUCUCUGUCUCCUCAGCGGCAGCUCUCGCGCUCCCUGCCCCCGCGGCCCCCGUCUAAAGGCUGCCCCCCUCUGAGCCGCGUGUUUCCCCAGCGCCGGUCUCCCUGGACCCCGCUGUCUUGUGCGCUGAUUGAACACCCACCGCCACGCUCCCUGUACGACCCCGGCCGGCCGCAGUCCUUCUUCAGCCAGUGCUUCAUCAACCUGGGCCUGAUCGGCAGAGGCUCCUUUGGGGAGGUGUACAAGGUGAAGAGUCUGCUGGAUGGCCGGCAGUACGCCGUGAAGCGUGCGGUACAGCGUUUCCGCGGUCAGGCUGAGCGGUCCCGAAGCAUCAAAGAGGCUCGUAAUCAUGAGCGUCUCCAUCCGCACCCACACAUCCUGGGCUUCAGUUCCGCCUGGGAGGAAGGAGGACAUCUGUAUAUUCAGACUGAACUCUGCUGCACCAGCCUGCUGCUCCACGCUGAGGACCAGCCUUCAAACCCAGGUGAGGCGUGUGCGUGGGAUUACCUUUGUGAUUUGCUCCUGGCUCUUGAUCACUUGCACUCUCAGGGCUUCGCUCAUCUGGACCUCAAACCCGCCAACGUUUUCCUCACGCGCUCCGGACGCCUCAAACUGGGCGACUUUGGCCUCCUGCUGGAGCUGCCCAGGGAAAGCGAGGAUGGGAAGGUGGAGGGCACGGAGAAAGAGAAGCGAGAGAAAGAUGAUGCGCAGGAGGGAGACCCCCGAUACAUGGCUCCUGAACUGCUGAGGGGAGAAUAUGGACCUGCUGCAGAUGUCUUCAGCCUGGGCGUGUCCAUCCUGGAGUUGUCCUGUAAUAUUGAGGUGCCUAAAGGAGGAGAAGGCUGGCAGCAGCUCAGGAAGGGUUGCUUGCCGUCAGGAUUCACUAAUGGCCUGUCUCCAGACCUGCAGGACGUUCUGAGGCUGAUGCUGGCUCCAGAGCCCAGAGACAGAGCUACAGUUCAGCAGCUUCUGGCUCUGCCCUCAGUGCGCAAACACAGGUGGAGAAGGCAGCUUUCACUGCGGCUCCGUGAGAGCUGGCUGUCCAUACUGACUCUCACACAGUUCAUCCUCUCUGCAGGCUGGAGUUUCUUGUCCUCCCUCAAUCUGCCCUUUAUUCCCCGCUGUCCUUCGCCGACACCCUGCACACCCCCCAGAGAGAGCUGGGAGAGGGAGGGUGAUGUUAGCGGUCUGCAGCACAGUGCACUGCUCUCAGAGCCGGACACGCCUACAGACGACCCUGUGUUUCUGGCGGGCACGCUCGGCCUACAGCACUCUCCUACGUUCACACACAGAAUCCAGGCCAGGUUAUCUGUUGGAAGCACUUCGACCCCACUGCCCAACUCGAGCGCACUCGCUCGCGCCAGCCUCUCACACACUCCCACCCGCAGCCUCACACACACUCCCUCCAGCAUCCGCUCCAACGUCUCCAGACACACACUGCCGGGCUCGCCCAGCCUCAGCCCAAUCCGGUUAGGACCUCCAACCCCAUCUAAUCGCUCUGCGGACCCCCAGCUUCUCUCAGACUCCCCAGCCUCCAGCCGCUCACGCCGCAGCUGGGCCGAAAACGAGCAGAGAAGCGGCUUUGAGCCCAAAAACCUGCUCAGCCUCUUCGAUGAGACCACGUUAGAGAGCGAACCCUGAGCGAGAGACUCGUCGUGUGCUCAUUACUUUAUAGUGGGAGUGUUUGAGACCUCGGAUCGCUGCAUUAGAGAGAAAUGGGAGCAAAAAAAGAAAAGUGUUGGUUUUAGUUACUUCAUACUGAGAAAUUUGUGUUGUAAAGAGUCUUUUUGGUUUAGUGGCCUUUGGUUCCUUGUUGUGGGCUUUUAGAGUUUUGUUCAUAUUCUGUACAGAUGAUUUCCUCUGAUUUAUUUUUUAAGGGUUUUCCAGUUCAGUGUUUCUCUUUUGCAGUGCAGUGUACAUUGUAAUGAAAGAACAUAGUGAGGAUUGCUUUUUUGAGUAUUACGUAACAAUUUGCAUGUAUUGUUUCUGAAUGUGUCAUUUCUGUUAGUGGCUACAAGUCAAAUGUAUGCUUAUCUGUUGUAUUUACGGCUGAAGUCAGUCAGGACGUCAGUCGUAUGGGUGUAUUUAGGUUCUGCAGACAUCCUGUACAUUGCUAUUUAUAUACAAAGCAUUUGUGGGUAACAAUUUGAACAUGCACAAAAACACCUGCCGGUUGCCAAAAUGUUGCUUUCUUAUGCUCCCCAACUCUCUGCCCAGUAGUUUGUUGGUUCCCAGCAGCUGAACAAGUAGCCUGUUUUGAGACGUAACCUGGUUUUAUUUGGUUAUACAAACAUCUUUGACCAAUACGUAGAGAUUAAUAUGAACCAGUGCUACUGGAAUAAACACACUGACCCACAUCAUUCAUAGCAGCUAUAUUAGAGUUAUAUUCCGAUCAGACUUGGCUUCACUGAUGCCAUGUUGGGUAUAAAUCCCCAUUUCCAAGAGAAUGCAAUUUCAUGAGGAGGGCAGCCUGUUGCCCCAAAUUGACCAAGUGUUAUAUUUAAUUAAUUUGCUGCCAAAAAGAUCAAAGAAGCUUGUAAGAACCCCUAUGUUAAUAUCAAAUAUUGUGUGUGCAUCCUGAAAUCAGUAUUGAUGAGCAGUAAACAGCACAGUUUGGUUGGAAGUAUAAGCCAUCUGAGUGGAGACAGCAGCAGUCUUAGUGAUGUUCCUGCAAUAGGAAAACUACAUUUCACCUCUGCUUACUUUAAGUAACUCUGCAUUUAGAAAAUUAAGUACUUGGGCUUUUAACUAUGGAAGCCAUUUAGUACGUUGUCCACAAUGAUGACCUAGCAAGUCAUAAUAAUGAAUUGCCAUUUCAUAUCUCAUAAUGUGAAAGAGCCUUCUCAUAAUUACCAAAAGAGAAGUCAUAAUUAUGAGAAGGUAAGUCAUUAUUAUGAGAUAGAAUUUCAGUAUGAGAGGCCAGGUCAUAACUGAUGUAGUCUAAUUAAUCUGAAUUCAUUUGAAUUAAAUUAGUCUAAAUAAUUGAGAAGGUAAGCCAUAAUUCUGAGAAAGCAAGUCAUAUUUAUGAGAUGCUAAGUCAUGAGAAAUUGUCAUUUAUGAGAUGUGAAGCCAUAAUUAUAAGGAAGUAUGUUGUACAUUUGAGAUACUAAGUCAUAAUUAUAAAAAAAGUCAUAAUAUUGAGAAUCACAUUAAUGAGAGAUGAGACCA